GAGUAAAAAGAUUCUAUAAUACAUAAUUUCUUUGAAUUAUGAUUAUAAUUUAUUAAAAUAUUCCGUAAAUAAGACUUGGCUUAAAGGUCUCGUUACCAGGCCAUAAAAUUAUUAAACAAAAAAAAUUAAAAUAUUUGGUUAAUUUCAAAUUGAUUCUUCUUUGGGGUUAAAUACUUUCGACUAUGAAAUUUAAAAAAAUAUCAUUUGUUAUUUCGACAAAUCCUUGUAAACUUGAAAAAUCCACAUGAUCCUGUACCAUCAUUGUAAACAAAGGCAAAAAUGUAAAAAAAAUGUCUAGAAAGUGGAUAUUUUUAUGUGCAGCUGUAGUUGUGUUAAUGCACUUUUCUAUUAUUAUUUUUAUGUUAAGCCCACUAUAUAGUAAUAGAUCAUUCUAUAGGAGUAGUUAUGUACACCUAGGAUUGCGGCAGUCGAGCGUCAAUUGGUGUAAAGAGCUGCGGCUGCUUAAGCCCCCUUCUUAUAAUGUCGUGGCUCUUGUCUCUUAUCCAGGCAGCGGAAACACCUGGUUGAGAUAUCUCUUACAACAGGCUACGGGUAUUAUGACUGGUUCCAUCUAUAUGGAUUAUGGUCUGAAAGUCCAUGGUUUUCCAGCAGAGAAUGUUACUAAUGGUUCAGUGCUUGUUGUUAAGACUCAUGAAGGUCCUCCACCAGACAAAAAAUUUCAAGCUGCAGUAUUACUUAUAAGGAAUCCUAGAGAUGCAAUAUUAGCAGACUUUAACAGGAUUCACAAAGGCCAUAUAGGUACGGCACCUAAAUCAGCCUUUAAAAGGAAGACUAGAGACCAAAAGUCUGAUUGGACAUCAUAUGUGUCCAUGGAGGUGAUGACAUGGGAGAGCACUCAUCGCUUAUGGCUAACCAGAUUUACUGGUCCUCUGCACAUAGUACUCUAUGAGAGGCUUGUGAUAGACACUCGUAGUACAUUACACUCUGUAUUGGACUUCCUCAACCAAAGUGUAACUGAGGAGGACAUGAACUGUGCGUUAGCAAACAAGGAGGGUAUUUAUCGCAGAAGAAAAAAGCACAGAGACUUUGACCCUUUUACACCUCAUAUGUAUGCAGUCUUGGAGACUGUUCGUAGAAGAAUUGCUAACUUGAUAGUGGAGUAUGAGAAGUCCCACAACAAUACCUAUAGGUAAUUCUAACAACAUAAUCUGAAUAGCAUGAAUUUUCAAUAAAAAGUCAAAAUCAGUUUACAGUAUGUGUAUAGUCUGUGUCUAUAUGAAAUGUAAUGGAUUUAAAAACUACCUUUGUAUAAAUUGUAUUUAAACACGUGUGUUGUGACAAUCGAUGGUUAUUGCAAAGUUGUCUUUGAUCCAAAGUUAGAAAAGUUCCUAUUUCUUACCCGCUAUUGUUUCAUGUUUUUAGUAAAUUGAGGAAACAUUUUAUAAAAGAAUGUUGCAUUUAGUGAAACAUUAAAGCUUUAUAAAUUGACAACGAAGGCUAAACACUUAUCUAUGACCCCACUAUGUAUCUAACAUUGGUAUAUACACAACUAGAUCAAUAGAUUUUCACAUAACUAUAGUUAGAUCAAUUGUAUUAUUUUUAUUUAUUAUAUUAUAGAUGGAAUAUAUGUAAAUCAGUAUUAUUCCUAUGAAUUGCCAAAAUGUAUUUUAGUAAUGUCCAUGUAGAUAAGAAUUUAGUGAUUUAAAUUCACAAUUUUGGUGAAAUAUGUUUGUAAAUAAGAAUCUCUACUGUCUGCUUUAAUAAAUGCGUGUUCAUCUACUUGUAUGUAUGUUUAUUUUAAAAAGUAGGCAUAUCUGUACAUUGUCUUAGUAUAAAUGUUCAAAAUUUAGACAAAUAAUUACCUCACUGAAGUAAUCAUCGAAUUUUCUUUACCCUUGUACUAAAUUUUGUAUGUGGUUAAUGUAUCCAUAAGUAGCGAUUUCCUUGUAAUAUAGACAUUAAAUAUAAAAAGUGA